CGCGAAUCAAACAUUCACCAACAGCGAGAGGAUUCCAGAGUUCAGAUUGGUAGAUCAUCAUGCUUACCUUCCAACUCACUUACAUGAUCGUCCUCCUGGCCGUGGUAUUCCUAAUCGACAAGUGCCACGCGCAUCCUGCGAUCGCACAACGGCACGAGCCGAGACCGUUGUGUGUGGGCUGCGGCGAUAAAUGCGAGCAAUGCGAGUUCGGUUACACAACGUCGACUCUCUGCGGUAUCUUGGAAUGCCGAAGGGGCCCUGGACAAAUUUGUGGUGGUCCAAGCGAUUCCUGGGGAGUUUGUGGCGAUGGAUUAAUCUGCAGUUGCAACCGCUGUACUGGUUGCAGCGUGGACAACCUCACGUGCUUUGCGAACACUUGUUUGCCUCAUCAAAGCCUGGAGACGCGGAGCUAUCCCGAUAUCUUCGACAACUUCCCUGUCGACAGAUUCGCCAAGUAAACGGAAACCUAAACCAACCCCCGGAUGGACGAAAAGAACGACGAAUGGAUGAGACGACGAAUGUGAGAGGAGCGAAUGUGAAACGAGAAAGGUGGAGAGA